GACGCUUAUAGCGCUGACGUCGCUCUGAUAGGAAAGAUGGCGGUGGAAGGAGUGUGUUCGAAGGCUCGGUCCCAGUUUACUAGACAGGCUCUCAUUAGACCUGAAAACAGUCUUUUCAUGUUUCUCUUGGUGCUUUUAGGCACGCUGCAUACUGUACUGGCCGAUGGAAAGACGCUAGUUUUGUUGGACAACCUGAACAUCAAAGAUACCCAUUCAAUUUUUUUCCGCAGUUUAACCGAUCGUGGAUUCGACUUAACAUUUAAGACUGCUGACGACCCUGGUCUCUCGCUAAUCAAAUACGGCCAGUUUUUGUACGAUCACCUUAUCAUUUUCUCUCCAUCCGUGGAAGAUUUCGGGGGCAACAUCAAUGUGGAAACAAUCACUGCUUUCAUUGAUGGAGGGGGAAACGUUCUUGUUGCUGCCAGUUCAGAUAUUGGUGACCCCCUCAGAGAACUUGGCAGCGAGUGUGGGAUUGAGUUUGAUGAGGAGAAAACUGCAGUAAUUGACCACCACAACUACGAUGUGUCAGAUCCAGGCGAGCACACGCUGAUUGUUGCAGACCCAGAGAACUUGCUGAAAGCUCCCACCAUUGUUGGCAAGCCAACUGGAAAGCCCAUUCUCUUUAAGGGUGUUGGUAUGGUGGCAGACCCUGAUAACCCUCUGGUCCUGGACAUCCUGACUGGUUCCUCUACUUCUUACUCCUUUUUCCCUGACCGGGCCAUCACACAGUACCCCCAUGCAGUAGGGAAAAACACACUGCUGAUCGCUGGCCUCCAGGCCAGGAACAACGCAAGGGUGGUGUUCAGUGGAUCCCUGCACUUCUUCAGCGAUGCCUUCUUUAACUCCCCUGUCCAGAAGGCUACAGCUGGAUCUCAGAGGCACGAGCAGACUGGUAACCGGGAGCUGGCCGAGGCACUAUCUCGCUGGGCGUUUAAGGAGGAGGGAGUUCUCCGCGUCGGGGCUGUGGCUCAUCACCCGGUCGAUGAAAGCACACCCCCUGCUGCCUACACCAUCAUGGACCUCGUGGAGUACAGCAUUGUAAUCGAGCAGCUGUCAGAGGGCCAGUGGGUUCCCUUUGACGGAGACGACAUCCAGCUGGAGUUUGUCAGGAUUGACCCAUUCGUCCGGACUUACCUCAAAAAGAAUGGUGGAAAGUACAGCGUUCAGUUUAAGCUGCCUGAUGUGUACGGAGUGUUCCAGUUCAAGGUCGACUACAACAGGCUAGGAUACACACACCUGUACUCUUCUACCCAGGUGUCUGUGCGUCCCCUGCAGCACACGCAGUACGAACGCUUCAUCCCCUCUGCCUUCCCGUACUACGCCAGCGUCUUCUCCAUGAUGGGCGGCCUCUUCAUCUUCAGCAUAGUCUUCCUCCACAUGAAGGAAAAGGAGAAGUCUGAGUAGGGGGGGAGGGGGUGGCAGGGCAGGCUGAGGAAAUGAGUAGGGGGAGAGAGGCGUAUGGUCAUGGUGACGUAUACGGUUGGAGGGUGAGUGCGGCACAAAGGAAGUGGGGGAAGACUGAAAAGGAGAUUCUGCUGGCAGUCAAGAGGAACAGAGAAUUCGAAUCACUUAUUCUGAGAAAUUGCUUGAUUUUAGGUGGGGUGGAGGAAGAAUAGGGAGGGGGUAUUUAAAUAAUUUCCUUCUUUUUGAUUCAGUUUUUGAAAUGUCAGUUAAAUUAAAGCCAAGGCCUGAGGGGAAAAAAAAUGCACUGUUAUUUUUGUAUCAUCUUAAUAUUUCUGUGGUGAUUUGGAGAUCUUUUUAAACAAGAUCAGGGUGUAUCAUGUUUGCUCAUGUCAAUAUUGUUUUGUUUUUUUGUUUUUUUAAUGCCCUCAUUUUUUUUUUUACCCAGAAAAAUGCACAAUAAAAUGUUGACAUUCCCCUCCACCCAGAAAA